AUGUCUACAAUCGCCAACCCAAAGUCAGCGGACGCAAACCCCCCCAACCCCAAAUCACCGUCACCAUCACCAUCACCAACAACGCCAACAUCAGCAACGUCACCACCAACAGAGCCACCGACCCAGCCAGGCCUGGCCGCCAACUCUCCACCCCUAUCCAUCAACCCACUCGAGCUCCCAGCUGACGCCAAUGCCGCGACCCAAACCAACCCCGCAGCUGGCUCCGGCCCUGGUGGCGAAUCCGCCCCCGUGACAGCAUCGACUACAUCUCCCAGCGCCGUCGCACAGUCCACACCCACCUCCCCAAUGGAUUCCAAUGAGCCCAAGCCCGUCCCCGAGACAUCAACCGAGCCUUCCGACGAGGGGAAGGAGCUCGACGGCCCAUCGCUGGUGAUCACGCUGCUCUUGACGACUGGCUCGCGCCACCCGUUCACUAUCGAUGGGAAGUAUCUCAAGAAGCGCUCGGUGGCCGUCGAGAACAAUGAUCCUUUUUUGAUGAGCGUGUACACGCUCAAGGAAUUAAUUUGGCGCGAAUGGCGCUCAGAUUGGGAGACUCGUCCUACUUCGCCCAGUGCUAUCCGUCUUAUUUCUUUUGGGAAGUUGUUAGAUGACAAGUCGCCUGUUUCUGACUCUAAAUUUAGUAAGGAACAUCCGAAUGUCGUCCAUAUGACUGUUAAGCCGCAGGAGGUUGUCGACGAAGAAGAUGCAAAGGGCGCAAAGGCGCAAUACAGCCGCGAAGGGGACGCCAGCGAACGCAGUCCCGGCUGUCGCUGUGUGAUUCUAUGA